AUGGAAGAGAACAAUGAGGAUGACAGUAGCAGCAGCAUCAGCAGCAGCAGUGAUAGCAGUGAUGAUAGCGAGGAUACCAGUGAUCAAGAGACUUCUGAUAAGGAAAAUGAGGAUAAACAGAAAAAGAAGGCUUCUUAUCCCCACAAGGUUAAAAUCUAUGCAGAAGUCAUGUCAAAUGAUCUGAAUACUGUCAAUAUUUGGCGGUUUGGAAAGCAUCCUGAAGCUGCAGUUGAGCAUCUUGAGAUGUCCCAUCAUCUACGUCAAAUUAUAUUGCAGUAUAGUAUGAUUCAAAAUAUGACUACUUCUUAUAUUAAAAAAACCCUCAAUCACCAUUGGGACAACUAUCCUCAAUAUCGACUGCCAUUUCCUAAACAAAUCAAUAAUAUUGUUGCAAAUAUCCGCAGACGAGAGAGGUUAACUAAUGAUCCCUUGCUAGCUAUCAAACAGCUGGCAAUCAAUAGCCCUCAUCUCAUUUUCAACUAUCACUAUGAAAUAGAGGAUCCCUACUCUUUUCGAGUUGGUAUUCAUUGCACAUAUGCUAUUCAGUCCCUUCUACUCUAUGGAUCCCGUAAUGGAGUUGGACUAGACUCUUCUUGGCGAAAUAAAAAUGAGAAUAGAGCACCAGUUACCUUUUUGAUUACCUCUGAUUUUCAUAAACGGCUAGUCCCUGGACCUGUGUAUAUUUCAGCAGAUAUAAAAACAGACACUUUGAAGCUUUUUCUGAAAACUGUAAAGAAGAAUGUAGAGAAUGAAGCAUUAGCACUAGUCAAUGAUCUUCAUAAACCGGAUUCUGCUUUGGCUCCCUUUUCCAGUGAUCUUAUACAACAGGCUCAAGCAGUAGUGAACCAGAAAUCAUGGGAUCCUCUUUUUUUUAUGAUUGACAAGUCCAAGGCAGAGAAAAAUGCUCUUCAGCAAGUUUGGUCUAAAGUUUCUAUCCGUCUAUGCCAGUUUCAUGUCAUUCAGGCACUUUUACGAUGGGAGGUUGAUAACGUUACAGAUUCUUCAAAGCCUAAGCUCUCUCGUAUUCAGAAGUUCAAAUUGUGCUGGGCCUUUAGAGAACUACAACGAGCCUCUGAUGAGAAUGAAUGGCUACAGAUGAAAAAAGUCUUUGAAGCCAGAGUUGCUAGUAUUUCUCCAAGCCAGGCCUCUUUAAUCAUACAAUAUUUUGAGGUUAACUGGUUUUCACAGUACUGGCGAGAUAUGUGGACAGACAUUGGUUUACCAGAAGGACACAAUAGAGACUAUAUUUCCACCAACAACUUUACUGAGCGUGCAUUCAAAAUGUUUGACCAAAUAUUUCUUCAGAAUCGGGCCAACAAAUCAACAUAUCGUCUAGUUUGCAUUAUUGCAUACGAGUGGUUUGAGUAUUUUAGACAGUGGAAAGAACAAGAUCCUAAACCUGUCAGCUCUAAAUACUUUCAAACCACACAGAAGGCUCACGCUCUAUGGAAUGCUGGCUUGAUUAAAGAGAUUGCUGUAGAAAAUAAUCAAAGAAGAUGGCAGGUGACAGAAUUGUAA